CUCAGCUCUGAUCCUCCAUCCUCCUCUCCAGCCCUAUGUAUCCGCACACGUUUUCAGGGGGAUAGGGCGUCUUUAAGUUCCACCGGACUUUGUAUUUUCGUCUCUUUUUUCUGCGCAUUGGAUGUGUUUGUGAAUCGGGAGAUUGAAGAGCAGGUGUGAGAGGCAGCGGCUCUCGUCCCUGUUUCCAAAGGGGAAAUGUCGAGCGAGAAGCCGGCUUCAGCACCACCGGGUUGUGCUUCUUCGCUCACGGACACAACAGACACCCAUCCUCCGCCCGGUUCCUCCGCGAAGCAGCCGCCCCAACAGCAGAUCAACACCACGGGGGAAAGGAUGGUGUCUGCGGCCGGGUCUAUGGUUCUCCCGGCCGGGGUGAUUAACCCCGCCGUCCCGAUACGGAAUAUCCAGAUGAAAUUCGCCGUCCUGGUUGGCCUUAUUGAGGUCGGGGAGGUUAGCAACAGGGACAUCGUGGAGACAGUGCUAAACCUGCUGGUGGGGGGCGAGUUUGACCUGGAGAUGAACUUUAUCAUCCAGGAGGCGGAGAGCAUUGGGUGCAUGGUGGAGCUUCUUUCCCACUGUGAGGUCACGUGCCAGGCCGAAAUCUGGAGUAUGUUCACCGCCAUUCUUCGCAAGAGUGUACGCAACCUGCAGACCAGCACGGAGGUUGGGCUCAUCCAGCAGGUGCUGCUGAAGAUGAGCAGUGUGGAUGACAUGAUUGCAGACUUGCUGGUGGACAUGCUGGGAGUCAUGGCCAGUUACAGCAUCACAGUGAAGGAGCUGAAGCUGCUCUUCAGUAUGCUACGAGGAGACAACGGCAUCUGGCCGAGACAUGCCAUCAAACUGCUGUCAGUGCUCAACCAGAUGCCCCAGAGACACGGCCCUGAUACCUUCUUCAACUUCCCAGGACGCAGCGCAGCGGCCAUAGCGUUGCCCCCAAUCGCCAAAUGGCCUUACCAGAACGGAUUUACUAUCAACACGUGGUUCAGGCAAGACCCACUCAACAACAUCAAUGUGGACAAAGAUAAACCCUACCUAUACUGUUUUCGGACCAGUAAAGGUAUCGGUUACUCUGCUCAUUUUGUGGGGAACUGCCUCAUCGUGACGUCACUGAAGUCCAAAGGAAAAGGCUUCCAACACUGUGUCAAAUACGAUUUCCAACCUCGUAAGUGGUACAUGAUCAGCAUCGUGCACAUCUAUAAUCGCUGGAGGAACUCGGAGAUCCGUUGCUAUGUGAACGGUCAGCUGGUUUCCUAUGGCGACAUGGCCUGGCACGUCAACACCAACGAUAGCUACGACAAGUGUUUCCUGGGUUCUUCAGAGACUGCAGACGCUAACAGAGUAUUUUGUGGUCAACUCGGAGCCAUCUACGUUUUCAGCGAAGCUCUAAAUCCCGCUCAGAUCUUUGCUAUCCACCAGCUUGGCCCCGGCUACAAGAGCACCUUCAAGUUCAAGUCAGAGAGUGACAUCCACCUGGCAGAGCACCACAAGCAGGUGUUGUACGACGGCAAACUGGCCAACUCCAUCUCCUUCACCUACAACGCCAAGGCCACGGACGCACAACUCUGUCUCGAGUCGUCUCCGCGGGAAAACCCCUCCAUAUUUGUCCACUCGCCACACGCACUCAUGCUGCAGGAUGUAAAGGCCAUCGUCACCCACUCCAUCCACAGUGCCAUUCACUCCAUUGGGGGCAUCCAGGUGUUGUUCCCUCUUUUCGCUCAGCUCGACUACAAACAGCUCAAUGACAGCUCUGUGGAUACUACAGUCUGCGCCACUCUGCUUGCGUUCCUGGUGGAGCUGUUGAAAAGUUCAGUGGCGAUGCAGGAGCAGAUGUUGGGCGGAAAGGGCUUCCUGGUGAUCGGGUACCUACUGGAGAAGUCGUCCCGCGUCCACAUCACCAGAGCAGUCCUGGAGCAGUUUCUGUCUUUUGCCAAAUAUCUGGACGGUUUGCCCCACGGAGCGCCUCUCCUCAAGCAGCUCUGUGACCACGUCCUGUUCAACGCUGCCAUCUGGAUCCACACGCCCGCCAAGGUUCAGCUGUCCCUCUACACAUACUUAUCCUCGGAGUUCAUUGGGACCGCCACCAUCUACACGACCAUCCGCAGAGUGGGCACGGUGCUGCAGCUCAUGCACACUCUCAAAUACUACUACUGGGCCAUCAACCCGCUGGAGUGCAGUGGCAUCUCCCCCAAAGGCCUGGAUGGACCGCGGCCGACUCAAAAGGAGAUCAUCUCACUGCGGGCCUUCAUGCUGCUCUUCCUCAAGCAGCUCAUUCUGAAGGACCGAGGAGUAAAGGAGGAUGAGCUGCAGAGCAUCCUGAACUACCUGUUGACGAUGCAUGAGGACGAGAAUAUCCACGAUGUCCUCCAGCUGCUUGUGGCUCUUAUGUCCGAACACCCGGCCUCCAUGAUCCCUGCUUUUGACCAGAGGAACGGAAUAAGAGUGAUCUGCAAACUUCUGGCCUCAAAGAGUGAGAGCAUCCGAGUGCAAGCUCUCAAAGUCCUGGGAUACUUCCUCAAGCAUCUGGGACACAAGAGGAAGGUGGAGAUCAUGCACACCCACAGCCUGUUCACUCUGCUGGGGGAGAGGCUCAUGAUGCAUACCAACACUGUGUCCAUCACCACCUACAACACCCUCUACGAGAUUCUGACGGAGCAGGUUUGCACACAGGUCGUCCACAAACCGCACCCGGAGCCCGACUCCACUGUCAAGAUCCAAAAUCCAAUGAUUUUGAAGGUAGUGGCGACUCUGCUAAAGAACUCUACUCCCAGUGCAGAGCUGAUGGAAGUCCGUAGACUGUUCCUGUCUGAUAUGAUCAAACUCUUCAGUAAUAGCCGUGAAAACAGAAGAUGUCUACUGCAGUGCUCCGUGUGGCAGGACUGGAUGUUCUCCCUCGGAUACAUCAACCCCAAAAACCCAGAGGAGCAGAAGAUCACCGAGAUGGUCUACAACAUCUUUAGGAUCCUGCUCUAUCACGCCAUCAAGUAUGAAUGGGGAGGAUGGAGGGUGUGGGUGGACACUCUCUCCAUUGCACACUCCAAGGUGACAUACGAGGCCCAUAAAGAGUACCUGGCUAAGAUGUACGAGGAGUACCAGCGUCAGGAGGAGGAGAACAUGAAAAAGGGGAAGAAGGGCUCUGUCUCGACCAUAUCUGGGCUUUCUGCUGCACCUGCUGUCAAUGGCAACCUGGAAAUCGACGAUAACUCCCAAACACAAACACCUGAGAGCGAGGCUGAAUACAGUGAAACAGCCGGAGCAGACUCAAGAAACUUACUGGCUGAUGGGACAGUGAAGCGACCCAAUGGUGACGCCCUAUCACCCGUGGAGCAGGGUGCAGGGGCAGGGGUGCGGGUGGAAGUGCAUGACCUAUUAGUGGACAUUAAAGCCGAAAAAGUAGAGGCUACAGAGGUGAAACUAGACGACUUGGAUCUAUCCCCAGAAGCUCUUGGAGGGACAGGGGGUAAUGGGACAGGGAUGGAGAAUGGGCCCCUGGUGGAGGUGGAUUCGCUUCUGGACAGUGCGUACUGUGCUGUGGUCCAAAACCUCAACGGGAAUCUGGCGCCUAAAGAUGACACAUCGGGGUCAGGGGUCGGGAUUGGAACUGGCCUUGGGCUCUCAGGGGUCACACUGGAGGAUGAUGGGAACAUGGGACCGCUGAUUACUCUGGCAGACGAGAAGGACAGCGUACCCAGUAACAAUGGCUUUUUAUUCAGCAAGGUGGAUGAGAAGCUACUCCCCGCUCUGGCCUCCACAGACCCUCUGGUCCUGCCCAGUCCGGACCAGCCCGGCUCCGGCUCGGUCCCCGCCCACACGUCCAGCGCCAGCGAUGACCUGAGCCUGCUCGCCCACAUGACCAGCUGCGGGUCCGACCUCACGCACAGUCACGCCCCCGGAGAGCUCCCAGAGGACGGACCCUUCAAAAUCCAGAGUCCCCUGGCGGAUAUAAGCUCCAUUGCAGAGGCCGAGAGUCAAGCGCAUGGGACCAGACCGGACUUUCCUGAGGGGGAGGGGACGUCUGGGGCAGAGGGUGAUAGCGGCGGGCUCAAAACUGGAGGUGGAGAUACGGCCAGCACUACCUCCGAUACUGAGAGGUCUGAUGAUGGGAAGGAUAAGGACACCAAAAAGAUUCAAACAACUGCCACAACCCAGGCACUCCACGGUCGCACUGCAGCCCAGUUGGAGAGGGACUUGCGAGUAGAUUUGGGUUUUAGGGGGAUGCCCAUGACAGAGGAGCAGCGGAGACAGUUCAGCCCUGGCCCACGCACAACCAUGUUCCGUAUCCCAGAAUUCAAGUGGUCCCCAAUGCACCAGAGAUUGCUCACUGACCUGCUGUUUGCCCUGGAGACUGAUGUGCAUGUGUGGAGGAGCCACUCCACCAAGUCUGUGAUGGAUUUUGUGAACAGUAAUGAAAACAUCAUCUUUGUGCACAACACCAUCCACCUCAUUUCUCAGAUGGUGGACAACAUCAUCAUCGCCUGUGGAGGCAUCCUGCCCCUGCUCUCUGCAGCCACCUCCCCCUCUACGGAGCUGGAGAACAUCGAGGCUACACAGGGCAUGUCCUCGGAGACAGCGGUCACCUUUCUGUCGCGCCUCAUGGCCAUGGUGGACGUGCUGGUGUUUGCCAGCUCCCUGAACUUCAGUGAGAUCGAGGCCGAGAAGAACAUGUCAUCUGGAGGCCUGAUGAGGCAGUGUCUCAGACUUGUUUGCUGCGUCGCUGUGAGGAACUGCCUUGAGUGCAGACAGAGGCAGAGAGACCGGAGCUGUAAAACAUCUUUAACCAGCAGCAAGUCCCAGGACAGCCUCCACAGUGCCUCCACCACCACCAAGCAGGAUCCAGACAGACUUCUGCAGGAUGUGGACAUCAAUCGUCUGCGUGCUGUGGUCUUCAGAGAUGUGGAUGACAGUAAACAAGCCCAAUUCCUCGCUCUUGCUGUCGUCUACUUCAUCUCAGUUUUAAUGGUCUCUAAAUACCGAGACAUUUUGGAGCCUCAGCGGGAGAUUGGCAGGUCAACCAGCCUAUCAGGGAGGAGCAUCCGCCAUGAGAUCAACUCCCCCACAAGUACAGAGCACCCAUCUUCAGCCUUCUCUGACCGAGACAAGCAAACCCCGACACCGGUGGAUGACUCUCCCCGGGCCGGGCUGCCGCACACGGACUCGGGCAUCGGGGAGGAGGGCCACGUGGCUGGCUCUCUGAACGGGUCAGACAUGGGACUUGGCCUUGGCCUGGGGCUGGUGGGGCGAGAGACAGACAGGGACAGGGACGUGGGGGGUGUGGGGAGCAGUAGUACUGACCUGCUGUGUAGUCUGUCGGAUGUCCGGAGGUCUCAGGAGAGCCUAUUGGACUCGCCUCACAAUCCAAGCUCCACCCCCAACUCCAGUCAAGCCCCGCCCUCCUCUAUAUCCAGCAUCAGCCAAACAAACAAAGGCAUCAAUGUCAAGGAGAUUUUGAAGAGCCUGGUGGCAGCUCCAGUGGAUGGUGGAGAUCUUGGUCAGGAGUCUGGUCCAACCCCAUAUCACCCUGACCCCGCCCUAAAAACCCACCCCAUGUUACCCAUGCAGUUCCACUCCUUCGACAGGAGUGUUGUGGUCCCAGUAAAGAAGCCUCCACCCGGUAGCCUGUCAGUGAACACGGUCGGCACACCAACCACCAGCGGAGCAGCUACACCCGGAAGCACGCCCAACAUCUUUGCUGCUGCCACGGCAACGCCUAAGAGCAUGAUUAACACGACUGGUGCCACAGACUCUGCCUCUUCCUCCUCCUCCUCCUCUUCAUCAUUUGUAAAUGGUGCGACCAGUAAAAACUUGCCGGCGGUGCAGACAGUCGCCCCGAUGCCAGAGGACACUAUGGAGAACAUGAGUGCCUAUUGUGAAGUGCUGCAGACGUCCCCUGAGUCUUUUAGCUCUGUGACACUCCUGCAGGCUGCCCCUCGAGAUGCAGGACAGUGUUUUAGCAUCACUACAAAGUUGGAGCGAGCGUUGGAGAAAGUUGCGCCCCUGCUCCGAGAGAUUUUCGUGGAUUUUGCCCCCUUCUUGUCCCGGACGCUGCUGGGUAGUCAUGGGCAGGAGCUGCUCAUAGAAGGCUUGGUGUGUAUGAAAUCAAGUACUUCGGUUGUAGAGCUCGUAAUGCUGCUCUGUUCACAGGAGUGGCAGAACUCGAUCCAGAAGAAUGCUGGACUGGCUUUCAUUGAGCUGAUCAAUGAGGGGAGACUCCUGUGCCAUGCCAUGAAAGAUCACAUUGUGCGUGUUGCUAAUGAAGCAGAAUUCAUCCUAAAUCGACAGAGAGCCGAGGAUGUGCACAAACAUGCAGAGUUUGAGUCCAACUGUGCCCAGUACGCAGCAGACCGGAGGGAGGAGGAGAAGAUGUGCGAUCAUCUGAUUAGUGCUGCCAAACACCGAGAUCAUGUGACAGCCAACCAACUCAAACAGAAGAUCCUCAACAUCCUCACCAACAAACAUGGCGCCUGGGGGACCAUGUCUCAGAGCCAAUUACAUGACUUUUGGCGUCUGGAUUAUUGGGAGGAUGAUCUGAGGAGAAGACGAAGAUUUGUGCGAAAUGCUUUUGGAUCAACUCAUGCUGAUAUUUCACUUAAAGCGCUUGAAGAUUAUGGUACAGAAGAAGAGGAGGAGGGUGCCAAGUCAAAGAAAACUUUCCGUAGCCAAUCAGUGGUCACACAAAACCCAGAGGCAGAGCUAAUGCUGGAAGGAGAUGACGACGCCGUCAGUCUGCUACAGGAGAAGGAGAUUGACAACCUCGCUGGCCCAGUUGUUCUAAGUACUCCUGCCCAGUUGGUGGCACCCGUUGUGGUUGCUCGAGGAACACUGUCCAUCACAACAACCGAGAUCUACUUUGAGGUUGAUGAAGAAGACCCUGCCUUCAAGAAAAUUGAUUCUAAAGUGCUGGCCUACACUGAAGGCCUCCAUGGAAAGUGGAUGUUCAGUGAAAUCAGAGCUGUAUUUUCAAGGCGCUACCUGCUGCAAAACACCGGCCUGGAGGUCUUCAUGGCCAAUAGAACAUCUGUGAUGUUUAACUUUCCUGACCCAGCCACAGUCAAAAGGGUUGUCUACAGUCUCCCUCGGGUGGGAGUAGGAACGAGCUAUGGUUUACCACAAGCCAGGCGUAUUUCUCUGGCCACACCUCGUCAGCUCUUCAAAUCCUCCAACAUGACACAGCGCUGGCAGAGGAGAGAGAUCUCAAACUUUGAGUACCUCAUGUUCCUCAACACCAUCGCAGGGAGGACUUAUAAUGACUUGAACCAGUAUCCAGUGUUCCCCUGGGUUUUGACCAACUAUGACUCAGAGGAACUGGAUCUUACGCUGCCUGGAAAUUUCAGAGAUCUCUCCAAGCCUAUUGGUGCUCUGAACCCUAAGAGAGCAGCCUUUUACGCCGAACGAUACGAGACGUGGGACGAUGACAGCGCCCCUCCUCACCACUACACAACACUGUACUCCACGGCUCACUCAACUCUGCAGUGGAUGCUCAGAAUAGAACCCUUUACAACAUUUUUCCUGAACGCAAAUGAAAAUAAGUUUGACCACCCAGACAGAUCCUUCUCUGGUAUUGGACGCUCAUGGAGGAACUGUCAGAGGGACACGGCUGAUGUAAAGGAGCUGAUCCCAGAGUUUUACUACCUACCAGAGAUGUUUGUGAACAGUAACGAGUACGAGCUCGGAGUGAGGGACGACGGAGCUCCAGUCUGUGAUGUGGAGCUCCCUGUCUGGGCCAAGAAACCAGAGGACUUUGUGCGGAUUAACAGGAUGGCUUUGGAGAGUGAGUUUGUGUCCUGCCAGCUUCACCAGUGGAUCGAUUUAAUAUUCGGCUACAAACAGCGCGGGCCUGAAGCAGUACGAGCUCUCAACGUAUUUGACUUCAUGUCGUACGAGGGAGCCGUGAGCCUGGACAAUCUGGACACAGCACAACGGGAGUUGAUUGAGGCUCAGAUUCAGCUCUGUGGUCAGAUUCCAUCACAGCUGCUGAUAGAGCCACAUCCUCCGCGAUCUUCGGCCAUGCACCUGUGUUUCCUUCCUCAGAGCCCCUUGAUGUUUAAGGAUCAGAUGCAGCAGGAUGUGAUCAUGGUGCUGAAGUUCCCCUCAAACUCUCCGGUCACUCACGUGGCGGCCAACACUCUCCCACACCUCAGCAUCCCCGCCGCUGUCACUGUCACAUGUAGUCGCCUGUUCGCAGUCAACCGCUGGCACAACACUGUUGGUCUGCGUGGAGCUCCUGGAUACUCUCUGGAACAGGCUCAUCACCUGCCCAUCGAAAUGGAUCCUCUGAUCGCAAAUAACUCUGGGGUGAACAAGCGUCAGAUCACAGACCUGGUGGACCAAAGCAUCCAAAUCAACACACACUGUUUUGUGGUUACCGCCGACAACCGCUACAUUCUGGUGUGUGGCUUCUGGGACAAGAGCUUUAGAGUGUACUCCACUGAAACAGGUAAACUGACGCAGAUUGUUUUUGGGCACUGGGAUGUGGUGACGUGUCUGGCCCGGUCUGAAUCCUACAUUGGUGGAGACUGUUAUAUAGUAUCUGGAUCUCGAGAUGCUACUCUAUUGCUGUGGUACUGGAGUGGAAGACAUCACAUCAUCGGAGACAACCCUAAUAACAGUGACUACCCCGCUCCCAGGGCAGUCCUGACGGGGCACGAUCAUGAGGUGGUCUGUGUGUCUGUGUGUGCGGAGCUUGGCCUGGUCAUCAGUGGAGCUAAAGAGGGUCCAUGCCUGGUCCACACCAUCACAGGAGACCUGCUCAGAGCGCUGGAGGGUCCAGAGCUGUGCCACUGCCCCCGCCUCAUCUCUGUGUCCAGUGAAGGCCACUGUAUCAUCUACUAUGAGAGAGGGCGCUUCUGCAACUUCAGCAUCAACGGAAAACUCUUGGCCCAAAUGGAGGUCAACGACUCCACACGGGCGAUCCUGUUGAGCAGUGAUGGGCAGAACCUGGUGACAGGAGGAGAUAACGGGGUGGUGGAGGUGUGGCAGGCUUGUGACUUCAAACAGCUUUACAUCUAUCCAGGCUGCGACGCAGGCAUCCGUGCCAUGGACCUCUCACACGACCAGAGGACCCUGAUCACUGGCAUGGCAUCAGGCAGCAUCGUGGCAUUCAACAUAGACUUCAAUCGCUGGCACUACGAGCACCAAAACAGGUACUGAGGAAGAGGAGGAGCUGAGUGUCUGAGCAGCACUGAGGUACAAAGAGGAAGGAGAGACUGGACUUACCUCUGGUCCAACAGUCGACUCGGAGCAGCGCUGGUGGAUACUUCUCUCAUCCGUGUUUGUAAAGACACGCGUACAGACACACAGCCCUGAAGACUCACACCAAAACCUGCUCCAACGCAGACAGAGGAGGUCAGCCGGAUAUCUGCGGACUGAUCCUGGCUGUUCCUGGUUCGCUUAGCGCUUCAAAGAACCGAUGUUUGCUUUUCUCUCAUUUCUUUAUAUUCUUAUAAAGUAUCUCCUGUAUUCAAGUUAUUUGGGUGGACUAUCAACACUUGUCUAAACAUCUCAAAGUUGUACCAGCCCCACCCACUUUAGGAAUACAGGUGCUAUUUGGCUUGAUCUUAAAUUCACAAAUCGCGUAGGGUUAUAAUUUUAUUUAAUUUUAUUCAAUGUUAAUUUUUACUCUUCUUUUACCUCUGAAGUUCUGAUUUUUAUGUAAAUAAGGCUCUGCUUCUUUGGGGCCUACACUUGUUCUUUCACUACACAAACUGCGCUUAUCACCUUUAAUUUAUUAAUGACUUGCUGUAUGUAAGAUAUUGUGUAAUAAUUAUUAUAAUGUUGACAAGACUGAUGGUAAUAACGGGGAAGAAAGGAUGCUCAUUGUUCUGAUGGUGAAAGUUGUGCCAGCCAGGAGGACCACAAGACGAACAUGAAUUCCUUUGUAAAUUCCGUGAUUGUUUUGUCAAAUAUGUACAUAUAGUCCGCGGAGACUAGAAAGCGCAAACUCAACCUUCACUUAACCCACAUUUGUUGAUUAUUUAAAAAAAUAAACUCAAAUUAAUGUAAAAGAUUGUUUUGUAUUUGCACUUUGCACCAAUCACAUAUCAUUAUUUAUUAGCUUGGUUCUUUACAGUCGGCUGCCAUUUUGUUUUUAGGUCCAUUUUCCAGACAGGAAUUAUUUGUGCAUUGAUGUUUGUAUUUAAAGCGUUGAGCUCAUGUGUGAUUAUUAUGUUUUACAACCUCACCGUUGUAAGCAAUAUCAUGAUUCUGUAGCUGAUAGAGUGGUUCGAUGGCGGCCGCAGCGGGGCGUACGUGUAAAGCCAUCUGGAUCAA